CGCCAUCAUUCGCGCAUUUCUUCUCUUUGCGUUCUGUCAAUGUGUACUUGCUUUUGCAUGCUAAUUAAAAAAAAAUACAUAAAUUAACCAUAUUAAUUAUCAAAAGAAUUCAUAUUUCAUUAUCAAAAAGUGUCGAAUUAACAUUCAAUUAAUAUAAUCACAAUAAAUAAAAAAGCAGUAUCUAUCAGAAUUGUACAGUUUUUUUUCGGUGCAAAAGAAAGAAAAAAAAAAAAACUGCGACUCCCUAUCACAAAGCGUGUGGUGAGAAUUUGUGGGAAAUACAUUUUUUUGUGGGAAUCUCUAUCUUGCUGCAUAUAUCUGCACUGUUCUAGUCUUUAGUUCACUCCGUUGGCAUUUUUACUGACGACAUUCAAGUGUGAAAGAGAAAGCAUUCCUUGAACGUCGUCCGCCGCUUUUGUGGUGAACUCUAUUGAUGAACAAAAUUUUCCCAAAUUAAUAAAAAAACUUUGACAAAAAAAAGUAAUAAAACGAAGAAACCAUUCUCCCGCUCGUGGAAUAUAUUUUCGACGACGACGACGGCGAAACAAUGGGAGCCUAUUUAUCCGAACCAAAAGUGGAAAAGUUCUCCACGGAUGAAAUGAGUGACUUCCUCUCGGUUGGCGCUAGUUCCAUGCAAGGAUGGCGGAACAGUCAAGAGGAUGCCCACAAUUCAAUACUUAAUUUUGACAAGAACACAUCGUUCUUUGCGGUUUAUGAUGGCCAUGGCGGUGCCGAAGUCGCCGCACAUUGCGCCGACAAACUGCCGGCCUUUUUGAAGAAUCUCGAAGCCUAUAAGAACGGCGACUUUGAUCUCGCUUUAAAGAAUGCAUUCCUCGGUUUCGAUGCAACACUUUUGGAAGACGAUGUCAUCCAGAUUUUAAAGAUCUUGGCUGGAGAGAGAAACGUCGACGUGGACGAUAGUGAGGGAGCCGAAGACGACGACGCUGAAGUCGAGAAUCUCGCGGAAUUGCGAGAAGAGGGUAAUUUGCCUCUAGACGCUGUACUUGAGAAGUACAAAGGCGUAGCUACUCCGGCGGCAGCUGUGGCUCCAUCUAUGCCCAGCAUAAAGAAACUUAUCGACGGACCAAGUGGUUCUAAGCCACAAUCGCCUUUCUUGCGAGGAAGGAGACGCCAAGAGAAUGAUGAAUCAGCUUCAUGCUCAUCAAAAGCUAAAGAAGAAGAAGAAACACCAGAAACCACCACCACCACCACCACCACAACAUCUCCUCAGAACUCCAAAAUGGAAGUUGAUGUUGAUUCCACAGUUAGCAGCAGCAGCUCGAAUCAGAUCAAAGAAUCAAGCGAUAAAAAAGCCUCCAUUACGGCUAAUGGAUCGACUACAGUUACUUGUAGUCCAGAUAGCAGUGUGAAAGUGGCCGCAGCCGCCGCCAAGGAAUCCAUUCAAAAUGGUAGUGUCACUUCUGGCAAGCCAGUGGCAUCCGAAGGAGUUUCUUCUUCGGAUGCAGCAGCAUCCAAUGAAGCAUCACCUGUUGCAUCGAGCGUUAAGCAACAAAAUGGAGAAGUGUCAUCACCUUCGCAAGCUUGCGAUGCUUCACCAGCCACGUCGAGCGAAAAAUGCCCUGCAGUUGCACUCAAUCGUGCUGCAAAAAAAAUUGCCAAUUCUGGCAUCUCCUCUACGGAUAUGGAUGAUGAUAGCUCCUGCGAUAGUGAUGCAGAUUUUCAAGCGGAAGAAAACUCUAGCACCGAUGAAGAAACUCGAGGAGUUGGUUUUGGCUCUGACGAUGAAGAUGACGAGGAAGAUGAGGAGGAGGAUGAGGAAGAAGAAGACGAGGAUGAUGAGGAAGAUGCGUUGGCAAAUGAAAAGUUUUGCGCGAAUAUGAUUGAAGAGCCUGGCAAAGAUAGUGGAUGCACUGCAGUAGUUGCAUUGCUCCAUGGUCGCGACUUGUACGUUGCCAAUGCUGGUGACUCCCGCUGUGUGGUCUGUCGCAAGGGUAAAGCCAUAGAAAUGAGCUUAGAUCACAAACCAGAGGAUGAGCUAGAAAGUAAUCGUAUUACGAAGGCCGGAGGAAGAGUUACCCUCGAUGGACGAGUCAAUGGCGGCCUCAAUUUAUCCCGUGCUAUCGGUGACCAUGCUUAUAAGAUGAACUCGGAUCUUUUGCCCGAGGAACAAAUGAUCUCAGCAUUACCAGAUGUUAAGAAGUUGAUCAUAGACAAAGACGAUGAAUUUAUGAUUCUCGCUUGCGACGGAAUUUGGAAUUUCAUGUCCAGUGAAGAAGUGGUACAGUUUGUGCGCGAGAGACUCCAAGAUGCAAACAAAAAGGUUUCAGAAGUCUGCGAAGAGCUCUUUGAUAAAUGUCUUGCUCCAAAUACUUUGGGCGAUGGAACCGGGUGUGACAAUAUGACCGCCGUUAUUGUUCGCUUCAAGGAUCAGCUCCUUGGCAUGCCCACAAAACUCAAGGAAGAAGAAACAGAGCCAGUAUUGUUGGCCAAACAGAUUGCCGAAUCAGAUGCAGCCGAUGUGAGUCUCCAGCAAUCACUGAAACGUUCUGCCUCUCCAUCAUCAGCCGACAACACUUGUGAUUCGGAGAACUCAAAUAAACGCUUGAAGACUGAGGACGAGGCUGCAGCUUCUAAUGUAGCAGAAUGCGAUAGUGGAACAUCGUCAUCCACAUCUUCAUCCACUUCAUCGGCGGCAACAUCAUCAACUGCUGCAGCGUCGACCACAGGCUCUACAUCUUCAACGACGUAAACGAUAGAAAAUUCACAAAAACCAAGUAGACGCAUUCAUCAUCGCAAUGCAACUGAGAGAGGGCGAUACAAAAACAAGAAAAAAAAAAGAAACAUUAAACAAAA